AUAAUUUCUAUUAAAAAAAAAACGGAAGUAGAAAAAAAGGGAAAAAUUCAGAACCCAUUUUCCUCCUGAUUCCUGUGCCCAAGUCUUGCCAACAGUUCUCAAACUUCAAACUUUCUUCUUCCCAAUUUUUCUACGCUUUAUUUGAUCCCUAUUGGCCAUCGUUUCAGGGAAGAAAAGAAAAGUGAGAGAUUAAUGGAGAGCUUAGCAUUAUGGCAAGGGGUGACUCUUACUGGGAUUUUGUCGUGGAUUCUCAUUUCUUCAUAUCUCAAGGUGACCGACAAGGUCAGAUCUUUGUUUCAACCUUGGGUGACCCAUCAUGUCAUUAUUGGCACUCCUCUCAUCAUCAAGAUCCAGAAGUAUCAGCAUGGAUUUUUUGAUGCUUUAUUCUCUGGGUUGUCUUGUGUUGUUUCUGUGCCUUUCUACACUGCUUUUCUUCCUUUGCUUUUCUGGAGUGGACAUGGCAAAUUGGCUAGGCAAAUGACCCUUCUAAUGGCUUUCUGUGAUUAUACAGGAAAUUGCAUAAAGGACGUGGUAUCAGCUCCUAGACCCAAGUGUCCUCCUGUUAGAAGAAUAACUGCAACAAAAGAUGAAGAAGAUAACGCUUUGGAAUAUGGAUUGCCUUCUUCCCACACUCUUAACACAGUUUGCUUGUCUGGGUACCUAUUGCAUUAUGUCCUAUCUUAUACCCAAAAUCAAGACGUCUAUGUGGAGUUUGCUGGAUUUACCAUUGUUUGCUUGCUUGUGGGCUUCAUUGGUUUGGGAAGAAUUUAUCUCGGCAUGCACAGUUUGAUUGAUAUCAUAGGUGGUCUUUCCGUUGGGUUGGCAAUCCUUGCAUUUUGGCUUGCUGUCCAUGAUUAUGUUGAUAGAUUCAUCGUCUCAGAACAAAAUGUGGUGACAUUCUGGGCUGCUCUAAGCUUCUUGUUGCUUUUUGCUUAUCCAACUCCUGAAUUUCCUACACCAAGUUUUGAGUACCACACCGCCUUCGAUGGUGUUGCUUUUGGGAUAGUUGCUGGGAUUCAGCAGACGUACCACCAGUUCCACCAUGAAGACGUGCCACGUGUAUUUACACAUCUCAGUGUCCUUGCCUUUUUGGGAAGGAUCCUUGUAGGAAUACCAACAAUUCUCAUUGUGAAAUUCUGUAGCAAGGCCCUGGCGAAAUGGGUUAUUCCUGUGAUAUCAAACGCCCUUAGCAUUCCCAUAAAAUCAACUAGCUAUAUUCCCAUGUUAAAUGGAUCGGCUAGUGGUAAAAAACCAGACGAGAUCAAGCAAUCAAGUUAUAUCCAGAAGUUGUUAUUCUUCUUCACCCACCAGGAUUCAUUUGAUGUUGAUACGGGUAUUCGAUUCCUUCAAUAUGCGGGUCUUGCUUGGUCAGUGGUAGAUCUAGUUCCUUCUCUUUUCUCCCAUCUGAGGUUGUAAUACUCGGUCUCUGUUGUGCUGUAUAUGUUUAAGGUGCUUUUUAUUUUAAAAUUUUUGGGAGGGGAGGCUGGGUCUUGCAUUGGUGAUUAGCAAUUUAGCAUGGCUCUAAUACGUUUUAAUUUUGUAAAUUCAAGUAAUUCUGUUCAGGUUGAAACCAAUGCUUCUUCCUACUAUGCCUACUUCCAAUGAAAUUUAUGUUGUGGCAA